UUCAGGAAAUAAUUGUAUCUGUUAGAACAUUGUUACUUAACAUCCUUAUUUAAAAGCUGAAAAAAAUUGCCAAGGGUCGUAUUCGAUGCGAGCCCUUCGAUCCGAUACCUUCGUCGAACCUCUCAGCUUUAUCUCCCUUCCAGAUAAAAAUUUCCAAAACCCUCUUAUCCCACCCCUUCGUUGCCUCGUUAUUUCGCUUCCCACUACCCCCAUAGUAUCCUCGAGUAAUAUCGAAGAGGGCGAUCUGAAAUCCCCGUUGAAAUACUAGCACGUUCUCCAUCGAAGAUCUUCCGCGUCCUGAUCCUUUCCCUCGAUCCUCUUUCAACCCUUUCGUGCCAGUCUCACCUGGAAGCAGCUACUUUCAGAAUCUAAUUGGCAUAAUCACGCUCGAGGUUGAAAAUGUACAAGGUGGAAUGGAAAAUACAGGAAAGCGAUCGGAGGCAAAGCUGCGUGGCAAAGGUGACGAAAAGAUGGUUCGUGAACCAGCGGUGAACAGCGUUGUCCAGACACCGCGGAACGAGCGUGGAACCUCGAACCGAGGUUUUAUCCGCGAACUCACCCUCUGGAAGAGAUCCUCGUGGCGGGGAGGUCGCCACGCCUCCCGCGUCUAUAUAAACUACCGGUCCGAUGUGGAAACCUCACUUGCACUCCGGCCACGGUCAGGAAAGGGCACUCUGACAUCUGCUCUGAUAUCCGCUCUGACAACCCCUAACACGCUCCCGAUUCGUCCUCUGUUCUCCUCUCCGCGAGCAGCAAGAGAGUCAUGAAGUUCGGUCUGUUCUGCUUGGUCUGCUUGUUGGUCGUCUUCGCCGACAGGACCCUUGGCAACCCCUAUAUCGACGAAGAGGAAGAUUCGCUACAAGUGGCGGAUUCGGACUAUACAGACAACGCAUUGGAGAAUCUGAUGCGAGCGGCCCAGCAAAAACGUUCCUCGUUGAUUUACCUGUUUAGGCGGGCCUGCAUAAGACGGGGUGGAAAUUGCGACCACCGGCCGAAGGACUGCUGCUUCAGCUCCAGCUGCAGGUGCAAUCUGUGGGGCUCAAACUGUCGGUGCCAACGGGUGGGUCUGUUCCAGAAAUGGGGCUAAACCUGCUCCGUCUUCCUCAAAUCUUUCGACGAGAACGUUUCUUCUUAUAGCACGCGGCGCGAUUAUCUGCACGAUUCGUAUAAUUCUCAAACUUUCGUUUUAUUCCUCGCGGUCUUACCCCCUUUCGUUCCUGACUACCAUCCCUGAAUGCCCGAGUUUAAUGCGUUUGUUGUACAAAUCUGAUCAUUGUCUAUUCGCGGUCUAAAAUUGCGUAACUUACGACUAGAUUUAGAUAGAGUUUAAUUUUGCGAUCGAGUAAAUAGUAAUGGAGAAAUAUGUUGGUAGAACAGAGAGCUUCCGAGUGUAUGAAUUGCGGAGAGAGUGAAUUUUUACGCGCACUUUUCUUCGUUGCUCCCUUUGCUUCGUUCAUUCGGUUGUCAUCCGUGUUCUAAGAAUUCAUCAUUUUUCUUCCUGUUUUCGUUUCGAUGCAUAAUUUCUGCACAUCUCGUAUCUACCUCCCUCGUGUAUAAUACUCGAAUAAUAAACCUUAUCGAGAGGCAUUUUGUUUCUGUUCCUUUUUUAUGUCUAUUAAGCCUGUAGAUAUUUUACUUUUGAUCUUUAGUUUCUUUAUUUUUUAACGAAAUUAUUAUCCCUCGAGUUCUGCUAUCUUUUUAUUUCACUUGUUUAUCGAUUACUCGUAAAUUAAGAGCUACUUCGAGGCCUUGCGCAAUUUGUCAGAGAUCAAACGAAAACCCCAUCAAAGCGUACAGAGAAGCAAAGAGAAAUAAACUAGGCAUUGGACUAAGCACCUUCCUCGAUGUUCGCUUUAUUUUCUGUAACAAACGAAUGAAACCAACGAGAAGCGUGUAAAAACGGAACACGAAGCGGUCCAUAUGUUAAGCGAACUGAUUCUUCCACUGUGACGAUAAUGCUAAGUUGAAAUUAACGAUAAAUCGCAAGCGACGCAGAGGAAAGGAGCACCCAGCGCAAGGAGAUGAACGUUUUAGGUUGAAACUGCGUUUCUGUUAGCCUUAAGUUAGCCGGUGUUCGCUGAUUAUUUUCAAGCGAAGUCUCAUUAAACGUUGUAGUAAUUUAAAAAGCGAUUGCAGGUGGAAAUAUUGGCGAAGAGGCGUUUUUCUUUGCGAUAGAUUUGCAUAGCGAGUUAUUUCGGCACGGAUCCCAUGGAGAUUUUCUGUUCAUCGCGAGACACACUUGUCGUGUAAUUGUGAAUCGUGUCUGUUAUCGAUAUAAUAACUAUCACCAGGGAUAACAGGAAGGAUUGUAUAAAAUGACUAGCGUUACAGAAAGGUUGAACGAUUGAUCGUGAAUUAAUCGCGAGCAAUUAUCCGUCAGGCUCGAUUUCUCUGGUGCUUCGGACCGUCAUCUUCUUCGAUUACGCGAUGAUGAAAUUGGAAAUUCGACGAAUUUUAACCAAGGUAAAAUUGCACGGGUACACCGACGUCUAAUCGGCGUUUCCUCUGGCCACUUUUACCGAUCAGGCGUCGGCGUGUCUUCGUUUAUCGCUGUCGAGGACGAUCACGGCCGUUUCGUAGAAUAAUCGAAUAAACUUAUUUAAUAAAAAUUGAU